AUGAACUGCCAACGGCCGCUGUGGCGGCUACUCCAGAAGUUGCCUGCGAGCCAAGCUCGCCGCUUCUCUCAGUUUCCGACAAGCCCAUUCCAAGCUCCUCAAGCAGCUAUCCCUUUACCAUAUAUAACAGAAGUAACGUCUGGUGGUUGGAGAACAUACGACAUAUUCUCGAAACUGUUACAAGAACGGAUAGUAUGUCUGAACGGACCGAUAGACGACAUGGUGUCCGCCUCGAUCGUCGCCCAGCUUCUAUGGCUCGAAUCCGACAACCCAGACAAACCGAUCACCAUGUACAUCCACUCGCCGGGGGGAUCCGUCACGGCUGGUCUCUCGAUUUACGAUACGAUGAGUUACAUUCGAUCGCCAGUGUCGACAGUCUGUCUAGGCCAAGCGGCAUCUAUGGGCUCCCUGCUAUUGACGGGUGGAGAGAAGGGCAAGCGAUUUGUGCUGCCGCACAGCAGCAUCAUGAUACACCAGCCGCUGGGAGGGACCCAGGGCCCGGCCAGUGAUAUCCUGAUCUACGCAAACCAGAUCCAGCGGACGCGCGAGCAGGUCAACGAGAUAUACCGGAAGCACUUGAACGCGGCGUUUGACCACGAGAAGUAUACCCUGAAAGAUAUUGAGGACAUGAUGGAGCGCGACAAGUAUCUGACGGCUCAGGAGGCCAAGGAUAUGGGCAUUGUGGACGAGAUCUUGACGAGGAGAGACGAGAAGAAGGACAACAAGGGUGAGAAGAAGGGCGACGAGUCAGAUAAGAGUCAAUGA